AUGGCGCCCAAGAUUGAAGAGCAGGAAAUCGAGACCUACUGGAACAUCUUCUCCACCCGGACAGGAGGCGGCAAGUUCCUUACAGGCGAACAAGCUGCUCCUGUUCUUAAGAACAGUGGACUGCGCGACGAUCAACUGGAGCGAGUAUGGGACCUCGCGGACGUGGAUAACGAUGGAAACCUUGAUUUCGAGGAGUUUUGCGUCGCUAUGCGCAUCAUCUUUGAUAUCUUGAACGGAGAAUACGCGGAUGUGCCGACGACACUGCCCGAUUGGCUUGUCCCCGAAUCCAAGGCUCAUCUGGUGCAAGCUACUCAAGCAAUCACAGGAAAACAGGUGCAGUUUGAGCAAGUCGAAGAUGAUUCGGAAGAUCUUGGACUUAAGGACGGGUUUGAGUGGUACAUGAAGCCCGCCGACAAGUCCAAAUACGAACAGAUCUACCAAGAGAACAGAAAUGCACGCGGCGAGGUUGAUUUCAAUGCGCUUAGUGAUCUAUACGAGUCCCUUGAUGUCCCCGAUACCGAUAUUCGAUCCGCUUGGAACUUAAUCAACCCUUCGGCGCAAUCGACCAUCAACAAGGAUGCAUGCCUUGCUUUCCUACAUAUUCUGAACUACAGACACGAGGGCUUCCGAAUCCCCCGUGCUGUCCCCGCAUCUCUUCGUUCCAGCUUCGAGCGCAACCAGAUUGAUUACCAAGUCGAUAACCAGCGAACCGGCGCCAACUCGCGAUGGGCCACCAAGGCGGACGACUCAACCAGCACCGGCCGCAAGGCCAAGUUUGGCGACCAAUACUUAACGCGCUUGGGCCGAAGCGGCUUCAAAACUGCCGGCACGGAUUUCUCAACGGAAAAGACGGAAGAUUGGGAGGAGGUUCGCUUGAAGCGCAAGCUUCAAGACCUCGAGGAAAAGGUAAAGAAGGUGGAGGAUAUUGCGGAGCGCCGGAAAGGCGGCAAACGCGACUCAAAGCCCGCGCUCGUUAAGAAGGAACUAGACCAGCUUCUGGAAUACAAGCGAAGAGAGCUUAGGGAACUAGAGGAGGGAACUGGCAAGAGCGCGUCUGGAGGAAGUCUCAAGAGCAUACAGGAGGACCUCCAGACGGUCCGUGAGCAGGUGGAGGGUCUGGAGACUCACUUGAGGACGCGCGAGCAAGUUCUCGCAGAAAUCCGGAGGGAGAUUGAAGACGAGAAGAGAGGAUAG